GUGGAAGAAGACAGCGGAGCAGGAAUCAAAACAAGAGACGGACACGCCUUCGUUCUUAAAGGUUAUAGCAGCUUAUUCCGUAGAGCUGCUGCUGUCAGAGCUGCACAAAACCCCGCCUGUCGUCCACGAGGACACCAAAAAACAACAAUUCAAAGAGAACAAACUGCAAAAAACACUGCAGAAAUGGAGUCCACAGAAAUGUCAGACAGCGUUGACAGCAGCCGUUGAUAGAGGUCGAAAAUAACAGUUGACAUCCGAAUCCUUUAAAAUGCCCAACCAGAAGAACAACAAGGGAAAGAAAAGCAAACGCACUAACAGUAGCGGAGAUGAGCAGGAAAAUGGAGCCUGUGCGGCCGCAACAGGAGGCGCGGCCGCGGCGGCUGCACCCAGACACGAGCGCUCAAGUGGUAAGAGAGAGGUCAAGUGUGCGACCCCUCUCGGCUGCAGCUUGGGCCGUCCCAUCGACCUGGAGAAGGACGACUACCAGCGGGUGGUCUGCAACAACGAGCUCUGCCCAUACGGCAACUGGAUGCAUCUGCAGUGUUUCUACGAGUGGGAGAGCUCCAUCCUCGUCCAGUUCAACUGCAUCGGCCGUGCGCGGUCCUGGAACGAGAAGCAGUGCCGGCAGAACAUGUGGACCAAGAAAGGCUACGACCUGGCCUUCAGGUUCUGCUCCUGCCGCUGCGGCCAGGGCCACCUAAAGAAGGACACCGACUGGUACCAGGUGAAACGAAUGCAGGAUGAUCGCAAGAAGAAGCCAUCUGAGAGGAGCACGGGCAGGAAUGGGUCCAGCGGAGGGGCAGCAGGGCCCGGGGACGGGCUUUUUGAGGAGCCCAAGAAAAGCAAGCUGCCAGGAGGAGCAGUAGGAGGAGGGAAAUUAUCCCACAGAGCCUCGAGUCAGGAGUUACCUCGGAGACAAUCAAUGGACCGUCAGAACUCUAUGGAGAGAGGAGCAGCAGCAGGAGGAGGACCCUUUUGUCUGGGUCCUCCUCUGAAGUCUCCAUGUGACUCCCCGGGACAGUCUCCUCCAACUGGUUUCCCUUUCUCCCCCACUGCUGUCCUCGGAGCAGGAGCUGGAGGAGCAGGAUUGCGAGGUUCCCGUCCGCUGGGAGAGUUCCUCAAAUCAGCCGUCCACAUGGACCCUCAGAGGAAACACCUUCUGGUCGGGGGAGCUCUCGGUCGGGGAAGUGGCUGCUCGAUGGGGGCGUCCGGCGGUGGAGCUAACCUCGACCCCGGGUCUGUCCUCCCCCUGCCGCUGUCCUUCGCCCUCCCGCUCCACCACCGGCUCACCUCGGGCAGCGUGGGUGACGGCACCUACUCUCACCCAGUGCAGUUCCUGAGGAGGCUGGACCUCUCAGAGCUACUCACCCACGUCCCUCGUCAUAAACUCAACACCUACCACGUCCGCAUGGAGGACGAUGCCCAGGCGGGCCAGGGAGAAGAGCUGCGCAGGUUUAUCCUGUCGGCCCUCAGUGCGAGCCAGAGAAACGUGGUCAACUGUGCCCUGUGCCACAGAGCGCUGCCUGUGUUUGAACAGUUUCCUUUGGUGGACGGGACUCUGUUUCUCAGCCCUUCACGCCAUGACGAGAUUGAGUAUGACGUCCCCUGCCACCUUCAAGGUCAGACCUGGUUUCAAGAUCAUGUCGUGAGACCUGAGAUUAUUUUAAAAAUGUUGUUGGUGUAUGCAGUUAACACAGCUCAGAAUAGUGCAAAUAUUUUGGUCUAUGGUCAGUCCACCUCUUUGGUUCAAACAACUAUUAAUUAAAUGGCCAUGAAAUUUUGAACAGACAUUUGUGUUUCCCAGAGGAUGAAUAUCUCUGACUUUGGUGAUCCUCAAAUUUUUCCUCUGGCAUAAGGUUGACAU